AUGAAAAUUGAAACAAAAGAACCUGAGAUCAGCUCAGCAGUUGUUCUUCGUUGCUUCUCUUUACAUCUUCCACGUGAGCCCCGUUGCUUCUCUUUACAUCUUCCGCGUGAGCCCGGUUGCUUCUCUUUACAUCUUCCGCGUGAGCCCGGUUGCUUCUCUUUACAUCGUCCGCGUGAGCCCCGCUGCUUCUCUUUACAUCGUCCGCGUGAGCCCCGCUGCUUCUCUUUACAUCGUCCGCGUGAGCCCCGCUGCUUCUCUUUACAUCGUCCGCGUGAGCCCCGCUGCUUCUCUUUACAUCUUCCCCGUGAGACCCGCUGCUUCUCUUUACAUCGUCCCCGUGAGACCCGCUGCUUCUCUUUACAUCGUCCCCGUGAGACCCGCUGCUUCUCUUUUUACAUCGUCCCCGUGAGCCCCGCUGCUUCUCUUUACAUCGUCCCAGUAAUGCAAUUACGUUCUUCCUGGAACGUAUGUACCUCGAAUAGUUUCUUCUUUAUUCAUAUCUGUCUUUAUUUCCUUCAUAAUUCUUGUCGUUUUUAUUUAUGUUCUCAUUCAUAUAACCUUCGUUUUUAUUGGCUCAUAUUUUUCUCUUUAACCUUUCUUUGCUUUUCUUAUUUCGAUUUUAAUUUCCUUCCGAUCGUCUUUUUAUCUUUUUUAGUCUCGUUUUUCUAUUCCCCUUAUACAUUUAUGGCGUCUUUCAAUCUUUUUUUCUGGCAUUACUUAAUUCUUACUUUCUUUCUUGCAUUGCUUAUUUCUUUCCGCUUUUCAUCCUUUCUGGUAUUAUUUCAUUAUUGCUUCAUCAUUCUUUCUUUCUGCCAUCAGUUCAUUGUUUUUUCUUGCAUUAAUUAUUGUUUAUUUGUUUCUUUCCUCCUGACAUUAUUUGUUUCUUUCUUUCUUCCAGACUUUGUUUGUUUAUUUUUUUCACUGUCUAUUUCUUUCUUUCUUUCUUCCCGACAUCAUUUCAUUACUGCUUUUUUUCUUUCUUUCUUUCUUUCUUUCUUUCAGACAAUUUCAUUAUUCCUUCUUUCUUUCUUUCACGGUGUUUCUUUCUUUCUUUCCAACAUUAUUUCACUGUCUGUUUCUUCCUUUCUUCGCGACAUUAUUUCAUUAUUGCUUUGUAUUUCUUUCCUAUAUUAUUUCAUUAUUCUUUUUGGCAUCAUUUCAUUAUUGCUUCUUUAUUUAUUUAUUAUGCCAUUAUUGCUUCUUUCUUUCGUUCUUUCUUCCAGACAUUAUUUCAUUAUUGCUUCUUUCUUUCAAGGAAAUCUAUAA